AUGCGCGGCUCCGUGUCGGGAGCCUCCCGUGUCGGGCCGCGUGCGGGGGAAUCCGGCAAUUCGAUUGAUUCCGGUCGCAUCAAGAACUUUGCCUUCACAAGUUGCGCCCCACCUCCUCGCAAGACGAACGCGACCACCAAGACAGUGAUGAUCUUUCGCUUCUUGAAGUCACGCAUUAUGUCUGAGAUGGCUGUCAAAAAAGUGCCCAUCCCUUCAAGGGGAGUCGACUACAGAGGCAAGCUCGUGCUGGCUCCUAUGGUCCGGUCAGGCGAAUUACCGUCGCGCCUGCUCGCCCUCCACUAUGGCGCUGACUUGGUAUGGGGCCCCGAAACUGUCGACAGAUCCAUGCUAGGUACAACACGAAGAAUCAAUCCAUCCACAAAAACCAUCGAUUUCAUCCGCGUACCUCAUCAAGGACAAAAGCAGCCACCACCCAACGCCAAGGAGUCCGUGAUCUACCGAUUACACCCUGAACGCGAAGGGCGCAAGCUCAUCUUCCAGAUUGGCACCUCCGAUCCAGAUCGCGCGGUCGCGGCCGCGCGACUGAUCGCACCAGACGUGGCGGGAAUAGAUGUGAACGCAGGAUGCCCGAAACCAUUCAGCACGCACGACGGAAUGGGCGCUGCUCUUCUGAAGACGCCCGACAAGUUAGUAGCGAUCUUGGAGGCUUUGGUGAAGAACAUUGUGCCGGAAUUUCAGAUCGGAAUCAGCGUGAAGAUUAGAAUACUGGACACACCCACAGAAACGGAAGCUUUGGUUAGGAGGCUGGUCGCCACAGGUAUCACAGGACUGACGGUGCACUGCCGGACAACGCCCAUGCGACCACGCGAGAGGGCGAUUCGAGGACAGCUUCAAAUGGUCCGGGAGGUGUGCCACGAAGCCGGCGUUGCGUGCCUUAUGAACGGGGACGUCGAAGGUCGGGAUUCCGCCGUGGAGCUCAUCGAGGAGUUCGGCGUAGAUGGGGCUAUGAUCGCAACGGCGGCAGAGAAGAACUCAAGCUGCUUCAGAACGAAGGAGGAGGGCGGCAUGGCGCCUUGGGACGAGGUGACGGAGACAUAUCUCCGGUUGGCGAUGGAAACGGAGAACAAGUUUGGCAACACAAAGUACAUGCUGAACCAGAUCAUCCCUGGCAAACAACCUGCCUACAAACGCGUCCAGUCCUGCAAGAGUUAUAUCUCUGUCUGCGAGGCACUGGGGCUCACUCAUCUGAAGGACAUGGCAACGGACGCAGACAGGGCAGUGGGCCUCAUUUCCGACUCGGACGCGAAAUCUGCAGUCGCACUGAACGGCAACUCAAAACGGAAGAAUGAUGGCGCCUCAAUUAUGCAAACAUCCGAGGAAAUUUCUGCGAAACGCCAGAAGACGGACGAGCCAGUGAAGGAGACCGGAGUGCUUCAACCUCCUGUGGCCCUCUCAGUUUGA